AUAAGUAUUGUAGAAGGUGUACUGAUUCGUAACCACAAAUUGAAUAAGGAGGUUAGACAUAUAAUCCUACAAAUUCUCCUAUCCAUCUCUUGAUGCUCUCACAAAUGUGUAUAUAAGCAAUCUUGUGUUCGCCAUUUCUAUCACAGCUCAAAUCAUCUCAUCUGCUUAUCAAUAAACAAAAUAAGCUUUUCUCAUAAACGGCGGGAAAUAAACAUACCAAUAACAUGGCAGCUUCUGCUCCCCUCUGCUUCGCGAUCGUCUUCUUCGCUUGCUCUCUGUUCCUCCAUGGAACCAUCGCCGUGGAUGUGACCUGCGAGACUCUGCCUCUGACACAGUGUUCGUUUGCGGUUAGUACGUCGGGGAAGAGGUGUGUGUUGGAGGGCGGCGGACCUGUUCCGAUCUGCAAGACAUCUGAGAUUGUGGGGGACAAAUUCCCCGGAUACAUCGAGACUGACCAGUGCAUCAACGCCUGCGGUCUAGACCGCCAAGCCGUCGGAAUUUCUACCGUUGCGUUGGCCUCGCCUGACUUCACUGCUCGCCUCUGCUCCCCUGCCUGCUACAACAGCUGCCCUAACAUCGUCGACCUCUACUCCAAUCUCGCCGCCGGCGAAGGAAAAUCGUUGGCGACAUUGUGCGUAGGAGCAGCCAUGCCUCCAUCAGCGAGCACAGCUGAUCCCAAUGCUCGCCGCUCCGCUCUGGGCGUCGGUUCCGCUCCCACGGCGGCUCCCCUCUUUCCCUAAGCGCUGAAUCCGAAGAUGCUUUUAUACGCGCGCAUUUCGUGAUUACGUCGUAGUCAGUUUUAGAGUUUAAAUAAUAAUAAUAAUA